AUGAUUAGUUUUUAAUAAGUGAUAAAUUUUAGAGAAAUUCUACUCUGUUCAACUUUGAGUGAAAGGCCAGUUAAAAUUGAGUUCUCACAAUAUCCAGGUCCUCAUUUAUAGACAAUGUUAAAAUUAUUGCAAUUAAUCUAAACUGGAUGCAAGAUAGAUGUCAACACAAAAGGAAUCAUUUAUAUACCAGGAAUCAUAACAAAUUAAGAUGGUAUGUUACAAACUUAUAAUUGUGGUGCUGAAAGAUCUAUAUCAUAUUAUUUAGAAAUAUUGUUGAUUCUGAGUUUAUUUGGCAAAGCACCUUUAAAUAUUGAAUUAAAUGGCCUAACUAAUGAUUCAACCGAUUAAUCUGUCGAUUCCAUAAUCAAUGCAUAUAUCCCUUUAAUAAAGAAAUUCAGUCCUGAUUGGGAUGUCUCAUUAAAAGUUACCAAAAGGGGAUUUCUGGCAGGAACUGGCACUAUCAUUUUGCAUUCUAAACCAAUAAAAUAGAUUUAAAAUACAACUAUAAUUGAGAGAGGACCUAUUUGCAAAAUUAGAGGAGUGUGCUCAGGAAGUAAAGUGGCUCCUAAUCUUUUGAAUCGAGUUGUUGGUCAAUGUAGAAAUGUAUUCAAUGAUUAUAUUCCUGAUGUUUGGAUUCACACUGAUUUACAAAAAUCAUAAAAAGGAAUAGAGUUUCAAAGCGGAUAUGCAGUUUCAUUGGUAGCAGAAAGCACUAAUGGAUUAUUUAUUUCAUGUGAUUGUGAAUAUUCAAAUGACCUUAAUAAUCCAGAGAAAGUUGGAGAAGCUGCUGCAUUGAGAUUGUUAGAUGAAAUUAAAAAUUGUGGAUGCUGUGAUACAACCUAAUAAUAAUUUGCACUAUUGCUAAUGGCAAUUAGUUAAAGAAAGGUGAGUCAAAUAAAAUUAGGAAGAAUUUCAACUCACACCAUUGAAACUCUUAGGAUUAUAAGAUCAAUAUUUGGUGUCACUUUCAAUAUAGAAGAUUCAGUAUUUUCCUGUAUUGGUUGCGGCUUAAUGAAUUUGUCUAGAUAAACACAAUGA